UUCAGAAUAAUUUGCGAGAAUCAUCGCCAUUCGGAAACUACAGUCGUGUAGCGAGUACUAAAGAUGUUUUUUCUGCUAUUAAUAUUGCACAUUGCCAGAAUGGUCUGCAUCUUGGGGCUUUAAAAACUUAUAAGAAGAUUAUUGAGGGUUAUGCAAACAUUGCAAGAAAAACUGUUGAAAUUUUUAUCAGUUUCUGCCCAACUUGCAAUUUAAAUAAAAGGCAGUUAAAAAAAGCACCAUUAAAACCAAUAAUUUCUACUGGUUUUUUGCAACGUCUUCAAAUUGAUUUGAUUGCAAUGGAAUCUAAGCCAGAUAAGGAAUUCAGAUAUAUUGGUCAUGUUGUUGAUCAUUUCACAAUUUUGCAUAGUGACAAUGGUAGUGAGUUUAUAAAUGAUGUUAUAAAAUCACUUUUGUUAACAUGGCCUGGGAAAACCCAAAUUGUAAAUGGUUCACCAAGACAUUCUCAAAGUCAAGGUUUAGUUGAACAGGGCAACUUUACCAUAGAGCGAUUAAUAUCUUCUCGUGAAUAUGAUUCUGGUCAAAGUAGCUGGUUAGAAUGGUUAAUUGAAAUUCAAUGUAAAUUUAAUGUAAAUUAUUGUUUUUUUUUUUUAAUGAAAAGCUUAUGCUCUAAGUUAAUCAGUUUUAUUGCCACUACAAUGAUAGAAUUUUUUUAUGUAACAUAUUUUGUUAUCAUUUUGACAAAGAAUUUACUGUAA